AUGUUGGGAUCGGGUGAUCAGAAAAAAGGUUUAAACAUCAAACAACGUUUGUCGUGUGGAGUCGGCCAUGUCUUCAACGACCUUUUCCGUCAUCUGUACAUGUCCUUUGAAAUAGUUUUCCUCAUGCAGGUGGUCGAGCUACCAGCUUUCCAGGCAGGGAUGAUUUUGUUGAUAACGCAAGUAGUUGAGGCAUUCUUUUCUCUGUUGAUUGGAUAUCUGUGCGACCGUGUGGAUAUACCCCUUAUUUCCAAGAGGAUGGGUCGAAGAAAGUCGUGGCAUUUAGUAGGAACGCUCCUCAUGGCACUUACACUUCCAUUUCUUUACAACAAAUGCCUCCUCUGUAGCAAUCAUAAGACAGUUGGCUGGGCUCAAUUUGCCUAUUAUGUCUGCAUAUCGGUUGCUGGAAAUGUUUCAUUCAGCGUGGUGGAGAUAAAUCAUCUUUCAGUUAUCUCCGCUGUCGCGAGGACACUCCAAGAAGGAAUGGCAGUGAACGCUAUCAGGUUCGGAAUAUCACCUCUUAUAAUUUCCAGUUUCUUCUUGCUAAAUUGCCUUACACCCCUCCGAAAAGCAGUCUCAGCCGUUUCCUCGCCCCAAGCCCCUCGGAGGAGAUUUUCCAAAAACUAACGUCCUGAGAGAGAGUGUUCCCCAUUUCAAGAGCUUCCUAACGUCAAGUCACUAGUCUCCCCUCCCCUCCCCUCCCCUCCCUUACCAGCACAAAAUGUCCCCCCGUCGUCCUUGAUUUUUUGUCCGUAGUGUCGUCUCUUAUCUUUAUUCAAGCAUUCGCCAUCUUAGAUGUUACUACACACACGUCACGAUGUUGCCAGAUGAAUUCUGGCACUUUUAGGAAAACUCUCUGAUUGAUAAUUUGUUCUUGACCUUUUUACAGGACUGCAUUUAGCUUUUUGACGGGAAUUUUUGUUUACCUAAUCGCGUGGGGGCUUCUGGGACAGGAUAGCGGAGCGAGUCUGGGACCUGAAGACAUGUCAUCAUUUGCGGUAAACUAUUUCUGAUAAAACAUACGGUAAAUCCUCUAUAAAGCCCCCCCUAAGCUCCCACCCCUCCCCCCUUUAAAGGGGAAGAAAGUUAAUAAGGCCCCCCUCCCCUCCCUUCCAGGAUGUUUUUUUUACCAACUGGAAGCUCGGAUUAAUUUGAUUCUGAUCCUCGGCUGCAUGACCGACCUCCAACCCUCGAGUACCUAAGCUUUUCCACUUUGUAUUCUAGUUCUUUAUGGAGAACUGAUACCGUCGUCUUUUCUACAUCAAAUAAGAGAACCGUCCCGCAGUGGAGAACUUGUAUGUGGAUAUCGGGCCUUAAUUGGGGUAAUGACAUUAGUGUUGUUGUUGUUGUUGUUGACUCACAGCACCUUAGUUGGAUUGCUACUGUUACGGGAAUUGUAUUUACAAUCGUUUUCUACAUUGGUACUAAAGAAUCAAAAACUAGCACCCAUCAGGAAGUGACAACACAAGACAAGUCCUCAGCCACUUUAGAGCCGAAAGUUUUGCAGUAUGAGAAAGAAGAGAAUUAUACAGAUCUAGAACAGGCACAUUUCAGUACAUGGUGAGCUUCCUACUUUAAAUUGUGCAGCAAUUAUAUAUAAAAUAAAUACACGCUAUAGAUACUCUUUUAUCAUAGACUUAGUGAAUAAACCCUGUACAGUGGAUCCUUGAUAUCACGAAAAGCCAAGGGACUGGCAAAAUAUGUUCCCUGUGACGAGGUACCGUUAUACGGAGGUUCUAUUUUUCACAUAUUUUACUAUUCCUGGGGUAAAGAAAAUCUGUCGUUAUACCGAAGACUUCGUUAUACGAAGGUUCGUUAUAUCGAGGCUCUCAACUUCUGUGAUACUUAUUGAUUAUAGAAAAGUUAUAACGAAAGGGGACCUGGCUCUUUCAUUGUGAUUUGGGCUCCAAUGCUAUCACUAUCAUCACCACACCACCACCACCAGACUUUAUCAUUAUCAUCAUAAACAUCAUCAUCAUCAUCAUCAUCAAAACCAUCAUCAUCAUCAUUAUCAUCAUUUUUGUUAGUCGAUAUCGCCUGUAAUAUUAUUCUCCUCACCCCAAUCCGUCAUUUUCAUACAAGUUCAUCCUUCAUCGUGAGAUCCUCACCUGAACAAAACUGUACGCAUUUUCCGGCAAUGAAUCACCCGAAUUAAUUGUAAGGAGAAUAUGUAAAACGUAACAUAGCCAGCGUUAAUGAUCAAAGCCAAAAGUCUAAAAGUCAAACUGCGCACUGGUGCAGUUUGAUUUAAAUACACAAAUGACGCAAAUGUGAUGUUUUUUCAGUCCUCUGGAAAAAAACAAUCCGGAGAAAAAAGAAGAUGAGAAAAGCAAAGAGAAAACCGCUGUCAACGCCUCUCAGACUAAAGGCUGCGUCUGUUCGAUUCCUGAAGCUGGUUACACGCUGACCCUAGUCAGUGAGGGCUACGAGAGAGACGCAAUUGACACUGAGGUGGAGGAAAAGGCCCGUGACAUGUCCCAUGAAUCAAGCCUUAAGGAUGAUUCGGACCGCGCCCAUUCUGACGCGUACCAAUCACUGAAAAUAAAAACAGAACAGGUCAAUGAUAGGGAGAGUUAUUCUGGCAAUAAAGGGGUAGCCAAUGAAGGCUACCACCUUGAAGUAGAGGCCAAGGAUAUACCAACCAAAACAAGCUGUGAAGUGCAUGAUAACCCCGAUCAGCCUGGAUUGCAUAAGUCAAAGGAGAUUAAAAUAGAGGGAAUAACCAUAAAGGAGAGCUAUUCUGGUCAUACGCUUUCCAUAGUAAACGAGGGAUACCAGGAUGAAAACGGCACAGCUGAGAUCAAAGUCAAUGACGAUGAUAUGAAGCAAUGCCUUGAACCGGUAAAUAAAGCGCCAAUAUCAAGUGCAACACAAACCAAAGAGAGUAGAAAACACAGCUUUUCUGGUGAGAAAGACCAAGGAUGCGACAACGUCGAACAGAAAGAGGACGAUAACGACGAUGUAGCUUUGAACACGAGUGAUGCUUUCCCUGUCGAAAUAACAGCUUCGCCAGAAACAGAAACGUGGAAGGCGGCAUUGUUCCUGGAGCCGGAAGAACGUGGGUCGAAUGAGGAAAAAAAAGAGUGUGAUUCCGUGAUCAAAGGCGAGUUGGCAGCCGUUAGCGUCUCUGGUGAUAGGAACGAAAAUUCAAAGACGUUUAAAGAUUGGCUAAUGGAUCCUAAGCUAUAUAAGGUUAGUUUGCCAAACAUUAAUGGCUAAGUUAUUCUAAUCGAGGUUAAAACACACAGCUGCAGCCAAGCUGCUGUUGACGGAGAACAAAUCUACUACAAAAACAUGCCAUCCCAUGUACCCACAUCCUUUUUUUUUUUUUUUAAUAAUAUCCUCUAUACACAGCGAGGGUCACACCACGUUCACAGAAAUUUGGAGUCUAGUUUAGAGUUGAGGUGUCCACCUUAUCGUCCCUUAUAAGAAAAUCUGGAUUAGGGAAUCUGGUAAAAUUCGCUUUGGAAUCCGGAAUCCGAGUUUUACUAACAAGGAAUCCGAAAUCCAAGUUCUAAUGACGAUGAAUCGGAAAUGUAGUACCUGGAAUCCGGAAUCCUUGGCGUGGAAUCCAAAAUUUAAGUCUGUCUUCUUGGAUUCCCUAACAAAGGCGAGCCUUAUUUGGAGUCAAAGAAAAUGAUUGGAGUACGUCAGAGACCAACUCUCAGAGAAACCCCCAGUUUUCGUAUAAAAGAGGUGUCCUUCAAACUGAGAAGAAGCUGAAUGCAUCUCGCUCAUCAUUUACAUUAGCCUAUAUUAUUUUUCAUGAUGAUGAUCAGUAUUUUUCAACUGAGGGUGUGCAGCCUGCCUCUUUUUGACAUUGUAAAGCGAUAAUCCUCCGUUUUCAGAAUCCACGUCUCCACUUUUAAAAGUGUUUUCAUUAACUCCAGCUGGCGAAUCAACACGAGGGCCAAAUAUUUGACCGGUUAACGAAAGAUUUCGUAAAACAUUUGGGCACAGAAAGUAGCGCGAUAAAAACACGACGUUUCGGCGACGAUAUGCCACAUUUAUCAAAUGCAAAUGAGCAGAAACGAUAAAAAUAUAUAGACAGAAGAACGAAGGUGAGAAUCAAUACAAUACAGACCUUUAAACGAUUCUAAGACGCGGCCGACUACGAGUAAGAGAUUUUCACAAUACUAAGUAGUGCUUGCGCGUGAAGAUGCGUCAUUUUGGCCGGAAAACGUGAAAGUCGUUGUCAUUCUACUACGGGUUUUAGCGAGAAUGUCGUAGUAGGGAAAAGAGGUUAUCAAAUCUUAGGAGUGCAGCAUCUCAUAAAUUAGGCACUUUUUUUGUCCCACAUAGCUUUAGUAUGUAUGGAUGCCGCAUAAAAUUUGAUUUUCCCAUGAUUUUUAAUUCCCAACAAUAUAGCAUACUGAAGGCAGCGUCUAAAUCAGCCAAGGCUAUGAUUAAAUAUUUGUGAUUUUUCAGCCACUGAAAGACAGGAUUUUUCUUUGAAAUGUUUUUAUCAACAGGUUGCUGUCAUCUUUACUUGUUCACGCCUUUUGCAGGAUGCAACAUAUUCCUAUUUGCCAUUGUACUUAACAAAAACUCAAGGCUUUGAAAAGGUAAGAAAAAGUAUCAUCUUUUCAACGUUUCCCUCGUUACUUUUAAUUAUUACUUUUUCCCUAAUUUACUUUUUUGCGUGUAGAAAAGAAUCGCAUUACAUCAAUUUAUACACAAAGGAUGCCUGCGGUCAGAGAAGCAAAUGCAGUGUAGUCAAUCUAAACUAACCAAAUAGGUUUGGUUUGCCGUCCCUUUUUCUACAAUUGACGUCAUUGCCACCAAUAUCGCAAGCGCCUCCCAAAAUAAGCCAACGCUGGCUGGAUGUGAAAAAUUAGCGAGAGGAUCUGAGCCAAUCGGAAACAGAGAGAUAUUCUUGAACGAAUAAUGACUGUUCUUGUUACAUUUCUCGGGCUCAAAUUAGCUAAUUCUGCCAUGAUCUUUCAAUUUCUAACGUUGCAACCGUAACGACUUGAACUGGAAUACCCUCUGCCAGGCUCUCGGUCACUGCAGACGAGCGAAAAAAGCGAGCGAGCAGUAAAAUAGCGAUCGAGCGAAAAACUGCGGAAAGGGAGAACUUCACUUCCAGAAAAACCAUUUCUCUUGCCAAAAUGUCACAAUAUGUCAAAAAGUCAAAAGAUGCGGUGUACGAGGGUUCCACAUACUCGACAUAUUUGCUAGGCACUGCGCACGCGAAGCCGGCCAGGCUCCACUACUCCGUCUCCCCCCAGUCCCCGCGCUGUUUUCGCGCAUCUUUUUCUCGAUCCCCUUUCCUCUCUAUCUUGGAGCCUGGAAAAGGCUAGAGCAGGGAGUGAUAAACAUUAAUUUUGCUCGCAUUGAUUUGCCCAUUGGAUAGUUUUUGAUAUCUUCUUGCAACUAGUUGUAUUAAUCUUUACUGGACUGCUUAAUUCCACAGCAAGCCGUGGCUUACUUUCCUCUUGUUCUCUUAAUCAGCGCAACGCUGGGUAGCGUAGUCUCAAACAAACUCAGCAAGAAGUUCAAAAGCAAGGUACUAAAGUAUACAUAGACAGCGAGCAAUCUCUUGUAUUUCUUUUCAAAGUUAAUUACUCCACGCGUAACCCAUCGCGCUAGGUUUGUUAAAAACUAGAUGGAUUUUAAGAAAAAGGGGCGGACUGCAAGCAGUCUAAACUGUACACGAAUAGAAUAUUACUACAACUUUUUUUUUUCGUUUUGUUUUGUUUGCUUGUUUGUUUGUUUGUUUGUUUGUUUGUUUGUUUGUUUCACGUUGCAUCUGUACUCCUUUGUAUCGAUCCAGUAAUCAUUAUUUUAAACAUUCCGUUAGGGAGACAAAAAUUUCCGACGUUACGAGCCAAAAGAGGGCAGUGUUGUGAUUGUUGAGCAUUGCCAUGGUUGCGAUAUGUAAGAGAUAUAACAAAAUAAAUAAGUGGUAGACGUUUUAUGGCGCAGAGGCGUAAAAACAACGUUUUAAAGGACAUUCUAACUAAGACAUAAAUUCAAGACCUCAUUGCUUACAGUCUAAAAUAUUUUCAUAAAUCUAAAGUUUGAUAACCCUUUUCCCAAGUAUUGACAUAUUCCAUAAUGCAGAAAAUAUCCCAGUCAUAGAAUGGUAUCGUCCUAAGGUUAAUGUGGUACAUACAUUAAAGACUUCAUUGGAGGUUCAUUAACUUAUAUGCAACUAAUUAAGAGGCCGUGCCACGGCUGUCUGAAAUCCCUACCCUUUCAUAUACCCUAAGCCUGAAAAAGAUACCCCUUCGGGUGGAGCCUCCCCGUAUAGGCCAUCAUAGGGAGUACCCCCCGGCAGGAGGCAGUUCCCUCUCCUUGAAUUUUGAGUCAAUUCCGUGACACAGCUCCUUUAAGUUAGAGUAUGCUUCAUAACUAAGUUUUGUACCUUCUGCUCAUCACCACUUUUAUGCUUGUCAUCUUUGUUAGAGGACGUUUCUCGCGGCCUCGCUGCUAGUCAUCUUGGGAUGUGUAUUUAGCUUCUUCCAGACCCAAACGUCUCUUCCCAAACAGUCGACAUAUGCUCCUGUAAUCGUGAUGGGAAGCGGCAUGUCCAUCAUGUACGUCAUGGCUUUAUCAUUUGCAACUGAACUUACUGGGAAAGAUAAGGUAAGAUGUUACUAUCAUAAUAGCAAUCACACAAUUCUCGAGGAUGAUCACACUCUGCGAGCCAAUUAGACAACGAGCAGUAUCUCUGUUUUUCUCAGUUCGUCGAGCGAAACGCGCGAGACACGAAAAUGAUCACGCGCGUGAUAGAAGGCGCGAGACGGGAGAGGCGCGCGCGCGUGAACUCCCUUUACUAAAUCUGAAGAAAAAGAGAGACUGCUCGCAGUCUACGAGCAAAUAUUCGAGAGUCUCAACCUGAAUGGGGUUAACUGUCAGCCGUCAAACGACCUAAAAUUCAACCGUCAAAGCGCUUGGACUAAAUUUCCUCUAAAUAACGGUGUCAACCGUCAAAAGUUACCACCUCGUUAACACCCUCAUGGUCAGGGAAAACAGAUUAAAAACAGAAACCCACUUCCUUUGCUGCUGUUACCGCCAGUAAAGGAAUGUUCUGGAAUGGCACUUAGUAGUACAAUAAAAUAAUACAGUCGAACCUCCAUGUGCGACUGUCUCUCAUACAUUUAAGCGACCACCCAUUGACGUUAACUGAACCGGAAACUAUCACAAGUGUAUCUAUUGAAAAUUUGUACAGAAAUCCAGCGGAUCUGCCUUCUCCAUCAUUGUUUUCAUUGGAAGGGUGUUAAGCGGAGGAAUGUUUAUGACAAUCCAGGAGUUUUACCCUAAAAACGGGUAAGAAUCAAAUAUUGUAUUUUACAUUUGUUAAGUAUAUAUCUGUCUGAAACCGUUAAAACGUGGCCAAUAGGUUUUCACCUCUCCCAGCUUCAAGCCAGUGCGGUCUCCAAAAAUGUGGGGGACUUGGCGUCUUGGUCGGCACAGGCAGAUAAGCAAAGGAACUGCGCAGUGGAUGGGUGACCCAAGCCUGGGGAGCAAAUCUAGUGGGGUAGAGAGGGUGUAUUCUGGCACAACCCCUUCAGUAAGGAGCGGUGUUUACUAAAGGCUUUGACUGGCAAGUAUAAUUAUUGUUCUUACUUUGCCCGAACCAGCUGAAUAAGGCCUCUGCUGACAACAGUUAUCAUGAUAAUCGCAGAGCUCAGUGGGAGGUGCAGACAGUUACCCGGUGUCCUGGGUGGGGAGGGUGAAAUUCUUGGUAACAAGGACAUACUUAGCUGAGGAACUGUAGACACUCACUGAAGCCAUGUUUACAUAAAUUCAGUCAGAUAUAUAUGUAUAGUGUUUCUAUUACUAUUAUUAUUAUUAUUAUUAUUAUUAUUAUUAUUAUUAUUAUUAUUAUUAUUAUUAUCAUUAUUAUUACAUUUAGCUUUGUUUAAAAUCUAUCUAGAUGUAUCAUCCUCAUCGCCACCACUACCACCACCAUCAUCAUCAUCAUCAUCAUCAUUAUCAUCAUCAUCAUCAUUUUCAUUAUACAGUGUGUAUCAUUAUUUAAUUUCCUUGUAUUUUUUAGUUCCUCAUCAGGUUUGAGCGAAAGUGAAUAUGUACGCUACGUGUUUUUUAUGGUCCCAGGACUACUGACACUAAUUGGUUCACUGAUGGUUUUAGUUCCAAAUCCUUCAAACUCAUGUUUUUGUUCUGCAAAAGGAGGUUGGUGUUAUGUAUAAACAGCAAUCCUCUGCAUCAAGUAUACUUAGUAGUAGGUUAAGAUUGAUCAUCCGGGUGAACAUAGUCCUGAAUAGGACUGUUGUUGUUGACAGUGACUGAUGUUCCGACAACCUGUGUGGUAGUCAUCUUCAGAGUCAAAGUGAGUUGUAUCCCGUCAUUUGAUGGUAUUAUACUCUGGUUAUUGACCUGAUUGGUCAAUUACGUUGCGAUUUUAUUGGUCGUCUGUCAUUUAAGCUGUGAUGUCAUUGGUUAUGAAGACUUGUCAAUCUACUUUUGAAAUGACUCCUGGGUUCAAACCUUUCACAGUUAUACUUAGCAGCUUGUGAAAAUAGCACUAUCAACACUUUCAAGACUCUGCAAGUGAGCUUCUGUCUAUGAGAGGUGUCUGUCGUGUAGGGUAAGGGAUGCAACGGGUACACUUCAACUCCACACCCCCCUCCCCUCGACCCCACAGGCUCCAGAGGUCCGCUUUUAUGUUGACCAAUGAUUUUAAACAAAGUGAAUGAAUAAAAAAAAUAUUACAUCGUAUUUCAUACAUAACUUCACUGAUUGUGUAGUAAACUACUGCAGUUCAAUAUUAUUUAACUGCCAUUACUACCAAAAAAAAAUACACCAGAUAUAAUACUAUUCCCACCAUUAAUUUACAUUACAAAAACCUUAGUCUUGGCUAAUGUGUAAUUUGUUCUAUUUUUUUUGUUUUCCUCUCUCUCUUUAGAAUUUUCAUUAAGUGAACAAACCAUCACUGCAACACAAGCAGACACUGUUCUGUGUCAGAAGCAGUUUCCAUUGCAGAAAUAA